AUGGAUUUUGUCACCGGGCUACCACGAACCCUUAAAGGUUAUGACUCAGUAUGGGUGAUUGUAGAUCGACUAACGAAAUCAACACACUUUUUGCCGGUGAAGACUACAUAUGGUGGAGUCAGAUAUGCACAGAUAUUUAUGAACGAAAUUGUCCGACUUCACGGAGUACCAGUAUCCAUCAUCUCUGAUAGAGGAUCACAGUUCACUUCACGUUUUUGGAAAUGUUUUCAAGAAGCAUUAGUACAAGAAGCUCUGGACAAGGUCCAGUCGAUCAGACAGAGAUUGCUUACAGCUCAAAGUAGACAAAAGUCUUAUGCUGAUAAGAGAAGAAGAGAAUUAGUGUUCACAAUUGGAGACAAAGUGUUCCUACGAGUCUCCCCUAUGAAAGGUGUAAUGCGGUUUGGGAAAAGAGGCAAGUUGAGCCCCCGGUUUAUAAGACCGUAUGAGAUAUUAGACCAAGUGGGAGCGGUGGCAUAUCGUUUGGCACUUCCUCCUGAGUUGUCCUUUAUUCAUCCAGUGUUUCACGCCUCAAUGCUAAGAAAAUAUAUAUCAGACUCAUCUCAGGUGAUUGAAGCACCUGCUAUACCGCUUGAUGAAAAGAUGUCUUACGAGGAGGAGCCGAUGGCAAUUGUUGAUAGGCAAGUAACAAAGCUAGGGUCAAAAGAAAUUGAAUUUGUAAAAGUCUUAUGGCAAAAUCAUACAGUUGAAGAAGCUACUUGGGAACUAGAAAAAGAUAUGCAAGCGAAGUAUCCCCAUUUGUUUCAGUCUACAG